AUGGCAGACGCAAAGCUUCGUGAAAUUUUUCUUAAUUUUUGUGAUACUGUAAAGAAAGGCUCUACAGUAGCUACAGACAAGACUCUUAAAAAGAUAUGUAUGGAUUGUAAACUUUGUUGUGAAGGAAUGGAUAUGAAUAGGGUUGAUAUUCAAUUCAGGAAGCAUCUGGGAAACUCAAAAAAGAAUGUGGACUUUGCUGGAUUCUGUUCCUUUAUAGAAGGAGCUUUAGCAGAAGCAUAUAUUCAGGCUACCAAACAAGAUAGAGAAGCCGCUGUUAGCGAGUUAAAGAAUAAAAUUAUUGCAGCUGGAGGACCGAAAACCCAUGGAGUUACAUCAAUUUCUCAUGAUAGUGCUACAAGUCGCUUAACGGAUGUUCAAGGAUAUACAGGAAGUCAUAAGGAGAGGUUUGAUAUGGAGACUGGAAAGGGAAAGGGAAUGGAAGGAAAGGAUUAA